AUGCCGAAAUGUUUGGAAACCGAAUCCUACUUUUCGGACAGAGAAUCAGGCGAAAAACCUCCUGCUAGCCUAUGCCUGUCAGAUCAAUGCGUCCUUGAUCUGGGGGCACCCUCAACCCCGCUUUAUCGAUUAAGCAGUGAUGUCACGUCAAUCUCCAACAAGGACUCUUCUGUGACAUUAGAAAGGGUGAAGUGCAAUCAGCCUGGACCUGAAAGUGGGAAUGAAAGUGACACAGUUGAUGAGAGCAUCACGAGCAAUGAGGGUUAUGACAACUUGAGAUCACGCAAAGGUCCGCUUUUCUAUCUUGCACACCCUGCGAAUGCGCAAUACCGGACCGAUAUACCUGCUAAAUAUUACAUCACUGCUGCGAUGCCUGGCAUGAUGGGCAAUAUUCGCCUCGAGCCAUCAACAUCACGUUUCCAGCGACCAUCUUUCAAAGCAAUGCUAAGCCACAAGAGAACUGCCUCAGAUAAUCCGUUGUUUAGCGAAGACGCACAGCAAGUCCUUCUGUUUGACAUCCAACCGACUUGGACCGCGGGCCGCACUUGCUAUAAGUGGAAUGAUCUCCAAGGUCACAGAAUGGCUGUCGAGGAGACUAUUGAUGGACAAUACAGAUUGAUUAUCACGUCGUGGAUGGAGCCAGAAUUAAGGGAGGCACUGGUUGCUUCAUGGCUGUUGAGACUAUGGCACGACACGGCUGAGAGUAAACAGGCAAAAAGAGCGUCAUGGCUUCCCCAGAAGCGUACCAAGAGAGCUUGA